AUGCAUGAUCAAAAUGAAAAGGAGAAGAAACUCAAAGAAGAAUAAGACUUGUAGGUGGCUGAGACUCUAUAAAAAAUAGUUUAGCACGAUUGGCAAAAGUACUUAGAGUUUAGAAGAUUGGUUGACUAUCAUCUUGAGUCAUUGAUGAAUAAAUAACUAGAACAUUAACAUAAACUAUUACCUCUAAGUGGAUACGGCAAACUCUUAUUCAAAGCAACAGAUAAUGGAUUUACAGCUUAAAGUUUUCAUUAAAAAUGUGAUAACCAAGGACCAACUAUUUCAUUUAUAUUAAGCGAGCAUGGACAAGUUUUUGGAGGUUAUACAUCUGUCUCAUGGACAUCUCCUUUUUUUUGGGAUAACAUUAAAGAUAAUGAUGCAUUUAUUUUCAGCUUGACUAAGAAUACUAUACAUAAUUAAUAUCAGGACUUUGAUAAUGCAAUCGGACACUAAAAAGAUUAUUUAAUGGUGUUUGGUGGAGGUGGUGGAGAUAUUCGUAUUUAUGAUGAAUCAAAUAAUGAUAGCUGUAAUAAUUGGUGUCAUUUAGGAUAUACUUAUAUGCCUCCUUAAGAUUUUAAGGAUUUAGAUUAACAAACCAAAGAAUAUUUAGGAGGGAGUGAUGGAUUCAAAGUAAUAGAAAUAGAAGUCUACUAAGUUUUAAAAUGA